AAUGGCUAACAUCUUGAUGUUCUUUGAUUUUGCUGCACGUUUAGGCAGCUGUUUCUUCUCUUCAUCUCAUUCUCCUUAGCUGUGGAAGCACUUUAUCCAUUUAUCCAAGAUGAAUCUGAGCACAACAGUAGCAAAUUUGUUGGUGAAUCUCAUUGGCGUUUGGUUCUUCAGAAAUUAUGCUCAAAAUAAUCAUGUAUAUAGAAAGGCUGAAGAUAUGAAUUACCACUUAGUUUGCUUACCUGUUCUUGCAGAUUCCAUUCGCAGGUUUAAUUUUAGCUUCGUGGUUUUUGUCCCUUGGGGUCAACAAUGCUGAAGUUUUAUGUUUGGGAUUAGUUUCAGUAGCAGUCUUCAUGCUUGUCAUGUCUCUCUUCAAAGCUACUGGGGGUGUAUUGCCUCAAAUGGCACCACAGCGUUGAGCAAAUGCUGGCAGCAGAUUACCUCUUGUGAAGAUGUUACAGAAGUUUCCCAAGCUCACUUUUGGGAACUAGUACCUGGUCAUGCCAUUGGCUCAAUUUCACUACUGGUUAAGAAACAAAUGGAUGAUCGGCCAGUUCUUGAGAUCGUGCAUAAUUUGUUCCAUAAUUUGGGAACACAGCAAUUGACAGUGCAGACUGGUAAUGAAUGAGCUUCGACCUUUUUCUUUCUUCCCUUUUUUGAAGUCCCUGGAUUUCUACAAUGGCUGACUGAUGAGAAAACUUCAUAACUGGUUCAUAACUGGAAUCACUUUCUCAAUACUCGAUAAAAACAAACUUUGGAAAGGCAUAUUUUGGGAUAACUGGUUCAUAACUGGACCCUAAACUAGUUAACCUGAAAAACACAAAAACCCAGGAACCAAUUUGAACAAAAACGCUAAAAAAACAGACUU